CUUGCGUGAUGCGCAGAACGUGUGCGCACUAACAAAAGUAGGCACCGUCUAACAGGUGAACUUGCAUGUUGUUCAAUCCAAUCCGCCCACAGCGUAGCAAGUUUAAUUUGUUACAGGUGUGAAGACCAUAUAGCAACAGGACACUCAAAACUUGGUCACAUCUGUGACAUGGACAUCAAUAUUGCCCAAAUACCAGUGAAUGUUUCCAAUGCCACCACAAUCGUCACUGACUUCAUGUUUGUCUAACAUCGGUGCCAGAAUACAGUGAUCUUUUUUCCAAGACCGUAUGGUUAGAAAGAACCACAACUUAUCUCUCCCUUUCUUGUCACACAGGUUGUUCUUGUUGGCGGUCAUUUAGACAGCUGGGAUGUUGGCCAAGGUGCUAUGGAUGAUGGGGGUGGUGCAUUCAUUUCAUGGCAAGCACUGUCAGUGAUACGUCAGUUAAAUCUGAAACCAAAACGCACCAUGCGCAUGGUGCUCUGGACUGGUGAGGAGGAGGGUCUUCUAGGAGCAGAGCAGUACUACAACCGUCACAAAGAAAAUGCCAGUAACUUCAGCUUGGUGAUGGAGUCUGAUAUUGGAACAUUUAUGCCAGAGGGUAUAUCCUUUACUGGAGGUGAAAAAGCAGUAGCUAUAAUGAGGGAAGUCAUGAGUCUGUUGAAACCAAUAAAUGUCACUAACCUUAGAGUUGAAAAUGUUGGUGGUGACAUUACCUUCUGGGUCCGUGAUGGGGUACCAGGUGGAGUUUUAGACAAUGCAAACAGCAAGUACUUCUAUUUCCACCAUUCCAAUGGUGACACCAUGACUGUCCAGGAUCCUGAUGCCAUGGACCUGUGUGCUGCAGUAUGGGCUGUAGUGGCUUACACUGUGGCAGAUCUGGAUGAGCUGCUGCCUAGAGACUAGAAGCAGUGGAAGUUUGAGUCCUGUUGCAUGUGUAGAUCUUGAAAGGUACACCAGAGAAUUAUUUGUGUAUGAAGUCCAGUGCUAAAUGAAACUCUGGGCUCUACCAAGAUUUUACAAGAAAGACUUUUUUCAUGAGGUAAUCUUUUUGUAGUGGUGGUGGGGGUAUUGUUAGAACGGAAAAAUAAUCUAUUUUGAAAGUUUGGUUCAAGACUUUUUAUUUUCUUUUUUUUCUUUGUAGGGAGUAUUUUAAUAGAUUUAGGCAAAAAUGUUCCUCUCAGAAGUUAAUACAUCGGCAAUUGGUAAUAGAAUCAUCAUCAAUCAAAAACUUUCUAAAAUUAUAGUAGAAAAGAAAUAUAUAAAUCAAAUUAUUGUAGAAAGCAAAUACAUAAAGUAAUAUAUUUUUCUGCAAUGGGUGUCUUGUUGCUCUGUUGGUGUAUAACACACUAAACUACGAUUAUCAAGACUUGAUUUGAUAUCAUAAACAUUGAGCAUUUGCUUUGUCUCAGAGAGGCUAGCUGAUGCUGUUUUAGCUGAUCAUGAACCAUGAGCCUUUGGCUUGGGACUCUCUGUGUUAUUGGCGUUAAAUAAAUUAUGCUAAGUUAUGUUAAUGUAGCAAACCCUGACUUAAAGGAGAAGUUGAAACAUCCACUUAUGGCUACAUCAUAGUGUCGACCUGAUACCAUAGAACCAGGCUUUUAACCAGAAUUUGAAAAGUGGCCGUCCAAAAUGUGUUCUAAGGCCUGGUCAAAUGAGCAAAUUAUAAGGCAGCACAUGAAAAAUAAAAUAAUUUCCUGUAGAAAUUGGCCAUCCACAGGAUGCCUGGACACCCAUCUGGCUAAAAGCCUGCAUAGAACAGUUCAAAAUUUCACAAUAACACGGAAGGCCGUUCUUUCAUGAUCAGAAAUGAAGUGAAGUGAAGUUUAUGAUUCACUUCAAGCUUGUCCACUUUUGUCCACCUGGCAGGCUAUUGGCUUGUACAUGUAGGUAUUUAUUUUUGUAUUGUUGAUUAUCCUGAAUUGUUGUUGGAGGUUUCGUCCCACUCUAAGACCAGUCUGUAUUUGACUGAAAGUCAAAAGUUUCGUGAUUUGAAUAAUGAAUUUGUUGACGACGGUGACCAUAGCCCAAUGAGUUACAGUAUUUUUGGUAUGCGAGCUAUCUCAGCUGGAAUUACUGUACAUUUUUAUAUUUUAUGUAAUGACCAAUGAAACUUUUUGCUGUUUGUAAGUAGUGUUUGAAUUUUUUAAGUUUCAAUAAAAAUGCCUAAAUGAU